UUGUAACAUGGCCUAUUUGUACCUUGAACUACUCAAAGACUCCCUCAACGAGUAUGCAUAUGCAGCAGAACUAGCUGGCUUGAACUAUGACCUCCAAAAUACCAUCUAUGGGAUGUAUUCGCUACAUUUAUGCUGAUCCUCUCCAUUGCAACAUGACAUACCUGUUUAUCAGGUUAUUGAAGGAUGAUUUAAAAGAGUAUACAUAUGCAGCGCGCCUCUCAGGUUUGAUCUAUGGCAUUGCAUCAGGAAUGAAUGCAAUUCUUCUUUCUGUGAAAGGCUAUAAUGACAAACAGCAUAUCUUGUUAAAGAAGAUCAUUGAAAAAAUGACCACCUUUGAGAUUGAUGAGAAAAGAUUUGAAAUUAUCAAGGAAGCGUACAUGCGAUCACUUAACAACUUUCGAGCUGAACAGCCUCACCAGCAUGCUAUGUAUUACCUCCGACUGUUGAUGACAGAAGUUGCUUGGACCAAAGAUGAGUUAAAAGAAGCUCUAGAUGAUGUCACUCUUCCCCGCCUCAAGGCCUUUAUAUCUCAACUGUUGUCACGGUUACACAUCGAGGCUCUUCUCCAUGGCAAUAUAACAAAACAGGCUGCAUUAGGAAUUAUGCAAAUGGUUGAGGACACUCUCAUUGAGCAUGCUCAUACAAAGCCCCUCCUUCCCAGUCAGCUAGUAAGAUACAGAGAAGUGCAGCUUCCUGACAGAGGUUGGUUUGUCUAUCAACAGAGGAAUGAAGUUCAUAACAACUGUGGCAUAGAAAUAUAUUACCAAACAGAUAUGCAGAGUACCUCUGAGAAUAUGUUUUUGGAGCUCUUCUGUCAAAUUAUAUCAGAGCCUUGCUUCAACACUCUGCGUACCAAGGAACAAUUAGGUUACAUUGUGUUCAGUGGUCCGCGACGGGCUAAUGGCAUACAAGGACUGCGAUUUAUUAUUCAGUCAGAAAAACAACCACACUAUUUAGAAAGCAGAGUUGAAGCUUUCCUAAAAACUAUGGAGAAGUGCAUUGAAGACAUGUCAGAGGAGGCCUUCCAGAAACAUAUCCAAGCUUUAGCAAUUCGUCGUCUAGACAAACCAAAGAAGUUGUCUGCAGAGUGUGCUAAAUAUUGGGGAGAAAUAAUUUCCCAGCAAUAUAACUUUGACAGAGAUAACAUUGAAGUGGCGUAUCUAAAGACCCUGACCAAGGAUGAUAUCAUACAGUUCUAUAAGGAGAUGUUGGCAGUAGAUGCUCCCAGGAGACACAAGGUAUCCGUACACGUCCUUGCAAGGGAAAUGGAUUCCUGUCCUGUUGUUGGAGAAUUUCCAAGCCAAAAUGACGUAAAUCUGGCACCAGCACCCCCUUUGCCACAGCCUGAUGUGAUUCAAAAUAUGACAGAGUUCAAACGCAGUCUACCACUCUUUCCAUUGGUGAAACCACAUGUCAAUGUCAUGGCUUCAAAACUGUGAAGAAUCCCAAUGGAUGAAGAAAUGCAAAGGGAUCAAUUUCAAGGGGUUUCAUUAUGAACAAACAUCUUAAAGAUUAUUAGGAUAAACAAUCCUGUCCAUUCUGAGAGUCCCUGAUUCACUCUUGGUUCAUUCAUCGUUAAUGGUGUGAUAGGGAUACUGAGAAUUAGAAAUUUAGUUGUAGUCAUGUGUCAUUUAUAUUACAAAACAACUGUUGAAAACCAAAAUCAAGCAGAAUAUCAAAGGCUCUUGUAGAUGCAGUAUAUUUUUUAAAUAGUAUAUCCCUUAAAAUUAUCAUUUUAUAAUGGAAUUUGAAGAAGCCUCCAGCCAAAUUGACCUUGCUUAAAAUAUCCAUGUUAUUCUUGCAAAAGGCCAUUGAAAAUAGCUCUAUAAUAAUUUUUUCAGGAAAAAAAGUAUUAAGCCUUUUUUGGGGGGAGGGAGGAGCAAAACUUUUCAUAAAAAGGAAGCUUUGACAUUUUUUGAGGGAUAAAGUGUUGAAUGAUACCUUUUUUUAAUUGAUCCUCAAUGCAACCAAUUUGUUUUCUAUUUAAGAGUUAAGUAGGUCAGUGAAAAAGAGGAAAUUUUGUAACAAAAUAAUAAACAAGGGAGUUGUCUUUAACAGAAGAAGAGUAAUUCAAUAUAUUGGCAUGGUUUUAAUCUUUAUAUACAAAUUUGGGAACAUUUUAUAUUCAAACUAGUAAAAUGCUGGAAACACUUGGGUAGUCCAUCUUAUUUUUGUGAGUGCUCUGCUUGUCUCUUGAUUGUUAAUACCUCAUUCAAUUUCUCAGGGUUGCUCUGAGUUGUUUCCUUCUGGUUGAAUAAUAAAUUUUUAUUUUAUUUUUAAAUUGAUAUCACUUUUGUUUCCAGUUCAUAAACUGGAUGAGGUCACCAAUGGUUUUUUGCCCAGUAUAUUGUUAUAUUAGGUCUCUAUCCAGCAAAACACUUAAAAAUAUGCAUAACUAUAAGGAUGUGCGUAAGUGCUUUACUAGAUCACAGCCUCAGUUUUUGACAUAAGCACAGAUCAAGUCAAGUCUGGCUACAUGAAUGCAUCAAUUGAGUUUCCUGUAUAAGGCUACAUGGCUUAGAUGCUCAGUCUUCACACUCCUUUUUCUGUCAUUCAAAACAAAACAGCAGCACAACACUCUAGUUAAUUCCGGUUAUAUCACAAGAUCAGCACAGAAACACAGUAGCCACAUGUAUAAUUCAUAAUUUUAAUUCAUAAAGAAAAUACCAGAAUAAUAUAUAAUUAAUCCAAUUCUUCACCCUUUACUGAGCUUCAUUGGUGGUUCUGCAUCAGUAAAGAAGGCAGGAUUAGGCCAAAAGAUACAAAAAAGAUUUUUAAAAGAGUUAUUUUUAGUCUUAAAAUAUUUUGUUACAUUACUAAACUAUCUUGCCUUUUGAAUGUGUAUAAUUUACUGUACAUGUUUAGGUAGGGCAGGAUGUGCUAAUCAUUGAAAACUUAAGGACCUAAUCAUGUGAACACUUAUCAGGCAUAGCACUUAAUACCAUAAAUACCACUGACAUCUUUUGAGACUUUGCCCACUAUUAACAGAACCUGAACCUUUGGCCCUAAUCUUGCAUAUAGUUAAAUACAUAUGUAGCUUUACUCACAUGAGUAGUCCCAUUAGCCUCAAAGGGCUAAUGGGACUACUCACAUGAAUAAAGCAAAACAUUGACUUCAGUGGGAUUAUUCACAUGUGUAACAUUACAUGCAUGCUUAAGUGUUUACAGAAUCAUGGCCUGAGUUUAUAUUUAGCCAAGAAAUGCUGCUUUAAUUGAAUAAAUAUUAUCAACUUAAAUGCUAUUAAAAGAUUUACAGCAUAAACUGUUUACAAAGAAUAAUUUUGAAAAUGUGCUGUUUCCAUGUGAUGUUUACUUGUCAGUGAAGGCCAAUAGCAUUUCUCUCUGGUGUGAAAGAAAAAAUAUAAAUACACUAUAGGAAAAAAAUGAAAUGCUGCUACUUUUUACUCUUUACCAUAUUCUUCAUGAAUGUUUCACACACUAUGGUUUUCUUUGCCCAUAAUGCAUUUUUUUUGUUUAUAAUUUCCUUUUGGUUAAGAUUAUUUGUAUUAUAGGUAUUAAAAAUAAAUGUUGACUGCACACUAUACAAAUUAUAUAUUUUGGGAUUUAGUAUUUAAAUGUAGCACUCUUAUGGUGAAAAGUAAUGAAACAGCUUCUAUUUUGUAUAAAAAAAAUAUAAUUAAAGUGAUGUGAACUCAAAUUUUAACAAUUUAUAUAUAUAUGUCCCCCCCCCACACACAUCUCUACAUAAAAAUUGGAGUGAUGUUAUAUUUAACACAGUACCACAAAUCAUUUUUUCCAGAAAAGAACAUUUAGUAUUUUUAAGUUCUGGAGUGAAAGUGGGAACUCAUGUAGCGUGACAGCAACUUUUAAUUGCUUUUAAGUGUUCUCCAGCAUUUUACAGUUUCUGAGUUUGUUAUAGCAGUACAGUUUAACUCAGGCAUAUUAAUGGAUUCAUUUGAAUGGAUCCAAAGCUGCAGUGUCUACAAGCAAUAACAGACUACCUACAAUACACUGUAAUUCAGUUUCAGUCUUGUUAAAUUAAGUUUAUGUAACAAACCAUAAAUGAUUAGAUUGCAGUAAUUUUUGCAAGUGCUAUUUUGAGCAGUUGAUGUGUAACUGGGUGCAUGUGACACAGCCAGUAUGACAGAGUGCUAGAGUUACCCUGUUUACAAUAAACAAUCUGAUGUAA